AUGCCUACAACGAAGGCGGCCCUCUUGACGAUUCCUUGCGAACUUCGAAAUGCUAUCUACAUGUAUAUCUUCGACCCUGACCUAUCAGAGCAACCGCGAAUCGUCCCAACUCGUCCGAACGAGCUCGCAGCCGCGUUGAAGCUCCACGAUGCCAGCUUCUACCUCAAUGAACGCGAUAAGCUUCCUGCGCGGAAGCUCGCGGUGCUCCAGACAUGCAAACAGAUCCAUAAUGAAGCCAAUCUCCUCGCGCUCUCGAUGACGCCCUUCAUCGUCGAAGGCGAAUGCUCAUACCCCGACGUUUUCGACCUCCGCUCGCGCCCUCUCUCCCUCACGAAGUUGGGGGCCAUCCGACACAUCGUUCUAUCUGCUCGAAUCAGCAACCUACGCGCGUUGAAUGAGGCCUGGUGCGGCCUCCCGUUCGGCCACCCAAGCCUUCAACUGGAUACAUUGACCGUUAUCCCAAGUCGUCCUGAAUGUCACUCAAGAGCAUUCGCUGAGAUUGCGGAUCUCUCGCAGACCCAUACUCUCGCCUAUGUCUUUUGCGAGACCCUCAAGACACUACGGAAGGUCAAGUGUGUCGAGAUCAGAAACAAUGGCUGCUUCAAUGAGGUGGUAUGGCGGCUGUUCUAUCGCAGCUUGGUAUACAGGCUGUGGAGAUGGGGAGGCAGCAUUUGUGGAAUCAAGUUUGAAAGUGGAGAGCUGCAGCCUGGUGGCAGUGCCGUGAAACAGAAUCAGUGGUUCAAGGCAUACCUGUCUGAUAGUGAGAGCAGGGGCACGGAAUGCGGCGAGGAGGUGUGCCGUCUGGUCGGCCAGACUGGUGAAUAUCCAGACCAAACAACAGCAGGCGUCGGCCCAUGA